AUGCCGAACAAACUGAAUGCGCGCGCAGUUGUGGCGGGCGGCGGAAUCAUGGGCCUGUCCGUCGCCUAUCAUCUGGUCCGGCGUGGAGCGGCCGUCAUGCUCUUCGAAAAGGACUGGUGGGUUGUUGAAUUGAUGUUGUAGUAGGCUUGGGCUUAGUGGGAUUAUGCUUGGUAUGCUGAGGACUAGGUUUAGGAUUAGGCUUAGUAGGCUUAGGCUUAGUAGGUUUAGGCUUAGCAGGCUUAGGCUUAGUAGACAGGCUUAAUAGGCUUAGGCUUGGUAAGCUUGGCUUAAGCCUAAUAGGCUCAGGUUUAGUCAGCUUAGGCUUAGUAGGCUUAGACUUAGUAGGUUUAGGCUUAGCAGGCUUAGGCUUAGUAGACAGGCUUAAUAGGCUUAGGCUUGGUAAGCUUGGGCUUAGCAGGCUUAGGCUUAGUAGGCUUAGGCUUAGUAGGCUUAGGCUCAGUAGGCUUAGGCUUAGUAGGCUUAGGCUUAGUAGGCUUAGGCUUAGUAGGCUUAGGCUUAGUAGGCUUAGGCUUAGUAGGCUUACGCUUAGUAGGCUUACGCUUAGUAGGCUUAGGCUUAGUAGGCUUAGGCUUUGUAGGCUUAGGCUUUGUAGGCUUAGACUUAGUAGGCUUAGACUUGGUAGGCUUGGUUUAAGCCUAAUAGGCUAAGGUUUAGGCAGCUUAGGCAUAGUAGGCUUCGACGUAGUAAGCUUGGGCUUAAUUUGGCAUUUUUCAGUAUUGGAGCCCAUAGCGAGACCCACCCGACGAAUGUAGGCCUAGUCACCGCUCCAUACUUUUGGCCUGACGCUAUGGCUCAGCGAAUGGCUAGGAAGUCUCUUCAAUUGUACAGUCAGUUGGCCAAAGUCGCUGGAUUCCGUGAGUUUUUUGGUUUGUAAAGAAAGUUCUUGUUAUAUUAUGCUCUGGAAAGAAAGUUCUUGCCAUUUUAUCCUUUGUAAACAAAGUUCUUGCCAUUUUUUGGUCUGUAUAGAAAGUUCUUGCUAUUUUUGGCUAAAAACUUGAAUUGAAAAAAACUAUUUUAACUUUAAAAAUUCUAGGUUACGCACGCUGCGGCCGCGUUUACCUGGCGGGAAGCGACGAGGCCGAGGUUCAUAUCCGUCGAAUCCAUUCCCGCUCGCUAGUCCACGGCGACACGAACGAAAUCAUCGAUUGCCCUUCGGAAAUGCUAGCCAAAUGGCCCCUAAUCAACACCGAAGACCUUCGGCUAGCCCUGCAUUCGGUCGAGGACGUCAGCCUGGACAACAUGGGACUGUGUAGUGCAUUGGCGGACGCUGCUCGCGAGCACGGUGCUCAGAUAUACGAAAACUGUGAUGUGAAGAAGGUGAUGGUGGGCGAUGGACAGAAGGUUUACGCCGUCGACACGGACGAAGGCCUGGUCGAGACGGGGGUCUUUGUGAAUUGCGCUGGAAUCGUAGGUUUUGUCAUCAGCUGGGGGGGUUAUUUGAAAAUGGCUGUAUAAGUUUAGUAUUAUGGUUGGAUUUCUGUUAUGGUCAAUUUGGGUCGGUUUUUUGGUUAGAAAGGGGGAAUGCAGUAUAGGGUAGGGUGUGGUAGGGUAGAGUGAAGUGAUUUUGACUAUGACAGAGCCAGAAGGGCAAGGUGGAGCAAAAUAAUUUGCAUUAGGUAGGGCAGGAUAGGGUAUGGGGUAGGUUAGGGUACUGUAGAGUAAGGCAGUGUAGGGUAGGAUAGGGUUGGGUAAGGUAGGGUAGGGUAGCGUAGGGUAAAGUAGUUUUGGUUGAGGAGGAACAAAAAGGCAGGGUAGGGCAAACAGGUUUUGACGAGGUAGGAUAGGGUACUGUAGGGCAGGUUUGAAUACUGUAGGGUAGAGUAGCAUACGAUAGAAAGGGUAGGGUAGGGGAGAAUAUGAAUCAUAGGGUAGGGUCGGGUAGGAUAUUGUAGGAGGAGGCGGUUUUGGAUAGGGAAGGGGGGGGGGGGUAAUGUGGCUUUGGUUAAGAAGGGACGGGAAGGCCGGUUAGAGUGUGAUAAAGUGUUUUUAGGUAGGGUCAAGGUAAGGUAAACAAUUUUUUUGAAUUUGGAGGAGAAAGUUUAAAUUUUUAAAAAAAUGGGCGGGGUAAAGAAAAAACUUUUUGGGAGGGAUAUUGGUCAAUAUUGAAAUUUAAAAGAAAAUAAGUAAAAAGCUUUUAAAAUUAAUAAUUUUUUUGUGGGGUGUGGUAAAAAUUUUUUUUUGGAUAGAGCAAGGGGCGGAGUAUUUUUUUUGAGAUGGGAGGGGAAAAGAUGUAAGUAAAAAGUAAAAAAUGAUUUUUUCAAAAAUAUUUUAUUUAAAAUUUUUUUUUUGAUUUUGUCGCUAUUCUUUUUUCCGUCUCCACCGGGCAUUUGUCUAAAUAUCCCUUAAUAUUAUUAUUUUUUUGUAAAAUACGCCCAUAAAAUCCAUCUUUUAUUAAUUUUUAAUAAAGUACAACCUUUAGCAUUCCAAUAUGAUAAGCGUGACCUCAGUGCCGGAACGUUGUGUCCGCGUCCCGGCCUGGCCGUGCACCUACACCAUGCUGACGGCCGAAAAGUUGCCCAGCUCGAAUGUGAAAGAGACCACGCCAGCCUUCGUGGACAUGGACCACUCCACCUUCAUCUACGCCAACGAGAAUCGAACCAUUUGUGGCGGGUUUGUGGAGUCCGAAAUUCAUGCCCUUAAGGUACCGCAUGGGAUGCAAAGGGAAUGGAGUCUGCCUAACCCGGACUGGGACAAGUUUCGUAAGUUUUUUUGAUUUUUUUUGAAAUUUCGAAGAUUUUUGGUGAUAAAUUGAAUUUCGGGGUGGAAAGAAACUUUUUGCGUUUUUACAAAUUUUGGGCUUGUAAAGAAAGUUCUUGCCAUUUUAUGCCCUUUAAAUAAAGUUCUUGCCAUUUUUUGCUUUGUAAAAAAAGUGAUUGCGGUUUUAAGCUUUGUAAAGAAAGUUCUUGCCAUUUUAAGCUUUGUAAAGAAAGUUCUUGCCAUUUUAAGCUUUGGAAAGAAAGUUCUUGCUAUUUUAAGCUUUGGAAAGAAAGUUAUUGCUAUUUUUUGUUUUGUAAAGAAAGUUCUUGCCAUUUUAAGCUUUGGAAAGAAAGUUAUUGCUAUUUUUUGUUUUGUAAAGAAAGUUCUUGCCAUUUUAAGCUUUGGAAAGAAAGUUAUUGCUAUUUUUUGUUUUGUAAAGAAAGUUAUUUCUGUUUUUUGUUGUGUAGAGAAAGUUCUUGCCAUUUUAUGCUUUGUAAAGAAAGUUCUUGCCAUUUUAAGCUUUGUAAAGAAAGUUUAUGUCAUUUUUUGUUUUUUUAAAAAGAUUUUUGUUAUUUCUGCGAUUUCAGACCCUAUCCUCAAAUCACUUUUGGAACGUUGCCCAACCCUAGCCAACGUGACCUCAGGCGAUCUGACAGCCGGUUGUGAAAUGUACUCCCCAGAUAUGUACCCAGUAAUUGGUGAAAGUGAACAAGUCAAAGGCUAUUUUGUAGCCAACGGCCUAAACGGCCAAGGUUUGGCCAUGGCCGGUGGCCUGGGUGAGAUCCUAGCCCAAUGGAUCAUGGACGGGUUCAGCUCGCUAACUCGAGACGUCUCCAAAUUUGACGUAACCCGCUUCUCCAGACAACACACCAACCCACAAUAUCUAUACGAAAGGGUGCCCGAGAUCGCGAGCAACACCUUCAAACCAUGCCACUACUCACAUCAAUGUCAUACAGCUAGGAAUUUGCGAAUGAGUCCGAUUUAUCAUCAUUUGAGGGGCAGAGGAGCGGUUUUCGGAGAGAUCAUGGGAUACGAACGACCGUUGUGGUUCGAAGAUAAUCAAGGUAAGGGGGGACAUCGGUGGAGAUGAUGUAAAAGAGUAUGGAGAUUCUAUUAGGGUAGUUUUAAAAAACAAUGAUUUUUAUAAAAUACGGUUUUUGUUAGUUUUUUAUGGGAGGAAAAAGCAAGAAAAAAAGCAAAGUAGGGUCGAUAAAUUUUAAUUUUGUAACUUUUACAGUUACAGGCCAGACUGAAAAAUGAACGAAGGUAAUGUAAAAGACCAUCGGCUUUAAUUUGACAGUAGUUUCGAAAAAGUACAAAGCUUCAAAGUGUAUGUUUGAUGACUUUUUUUUUUGGAAAAAAGUUAAAUUUUUGGCGGAAGAAAAAUGAAAUUUUUUAAUUUUUACAGUUUAAGGCCAAACUAGAAAAUGAGUCUACUUGAUGUAAAAGACUAUGCGCUUUACUUUGACAGUAGUUUUGGAGAAGUGUGAAGUUUCAAAAUUUAUAUUUUUAACGUUUUUUCUGAAAAAAGUGAAAUAUUUGGUGAUUUUUUGAGAAAAAUCACGAAUAGAUCAAACAAAUUUAGAUUUAAAAAAUUUUACAAUCACAGGUCAGACUGGAAAAUGUGUGUAGAUGAUGUAAAAGAGUAACAGCUUUAAUUGAAAAAUGGUUAUGAGCAAUUUUAAUUUUGUAAAAUACGAAAUAUAUAUAUAUGGUUUUAAAGCGGUUUUUUAUGAAAAAAAAAUUUUUGUGAACAAUGCAAAAUCAAAAUGAGUGUAAAUAGUGAUUGGUAUUGUUAGAAAGAGCUGCGGCUUUAAUUUGAGGCUAAUUUUGAGUAAUUAGAUGUUUGUAAAAUACGUUUUUUUGAUAAAAACACUAGAAAAUUUUGAAAUUUGAAAGCUGUAGACCCACUAAAAACCGAAAAUUCAGAAGAAUCAGUAACAAACCAAGUCUACUGCGGUCAGGACAACAAUCUAGGCCAGCCGAUUUGGUUCCCACACGUGCGACGCGAGUACGAAGCGUGCCGCGAGCGCGUCGGCCUUAUCGACAUGACCAGCUUUUCCAAGUUCGACAUUCAAGGACCGGACGUGGUACCACUACUACAAAAAGUAUGUAGCGCCAACAUCGACAAACCGAUUGGUACGACGAUCUACACGGGCAUGCAAACGGAGAACGGUGGAUACGUGACGGACUGCACGCUGAGCAGGGUGGAUGAGAAUAAGUAAGUCUGGUGGGGAGGGGGGGGGGUGGUAGGUAGGGUAACGUAAAAGCAGUUUUAAGACCUAUGAAAUCAAGCUUGAAUAAUAAUGAAGUCAAAAUUAGCACUUUGCAAGUUUUCGUGGUGGGACCUAAAAUUUAUUGAUAGUGUAAAAACGAGCUUUAAUUACUGUAAAAGUUACUGUUUAGACUUUAACCAACCUUAAAUUUUAAUAUUUUAUUUGAUUUUACAACAUAUUUGCAAAUUGAAAGUUUUCGUGGUGGGACCCUUUACUUCUUUACUUGAUCAACCAAUGUUAAUAUAAUUUGAUGUUUCAGGUUCUUUCUAGUCGCUCCAUCAGUACAACAAGUCCGUUGCCCUGCCUGGAUCAACAAAUGGAUCAAGGAAAUGAAGGUGAACGCUCAUAUUCAAGAUGUCACCGGUCUGUAUACCGCGUUGGAUGUGGUUGGGCCGGCUUCAAGACAGUUGAUGUACGACCUGACUGGCAAGGACAUGUCUACCUCAAACUUUCCUUCAUUCACUUGUAAAGUAAGUUUCUUCCAACAAUUUUACUACAGUAAUUUUUUACAGUACUCAUUUACAGUAUCCCUUUACAGUACACCCUUACUGUACCUUAUGAUACACCUUUCAGGAGAUGAACAUAGGAAUGGCGGCCGGAAUCCGUGCCAUCUCAGUAACACAUUGUGGCGAACUGGGCUGGAUGUUGUACAUACCGAAUGAGGUGGCCCAGAACGUGUACGAGAAGAUCGUAGAGGCCGGCGCCGAGUACAGUAUGCUUCACGCCGGCUACUACGCCCUAAGGCACCUGAGAAUCGAAAAAUUCUACGUAUACUGGGGACAGGACAUCAAUGCGACAGUAACGCCAGGAGAAUGCGGCCGAAUGUUCAGGGUUGAUUUUGGGGUGGGUUAAAAUUAAAUUCCCUUAGGGGGUGGUUUUUGAAAAAAAAAUUAAAAAUUUUUUUUUAAAUUUUAAAAAUUUUUCAGAAAGACUUUGUCGGCCGAGAAGCCCUCCUAAAACAGAACGAUGAACCGGUGAACAAACGUUUCGUCCAAUUACUGGUCGAUCGGCACGAUUCCGAAACCGACCCCUGGCCCCAGGGUGACGAGCCCAUCUACAAGGACGGCCGAUUGUGCGGCUGGACUACGUCGGCCGCCUACGGCUUCACACUGGGCUCACAAGUAAGUUUCGAGUUCAAAUUUUGAAAUGAAUGGCAUUUUAAAGAUUUUGAAAAUUUAAAUUUGAAUUUCGCGCCAAAAAUAUUUUUCUUGGCAUUGUGCUUCAAGUCAAUUUAUAGCCUUAUAUGGCCGUAAAAAGGUGAAAUAACUUUAAAAUUUUCAAAAAUCUCAAUUUUUAGGUAUGCAUCGGCUAUCUGAAGCACCGCGACGGCAUCACCCAGGACUUUGUGAACAGCGGCGUCUUCGAAAUCGACAUAGCCACGAAACGAUUCCCGAUUCGAAUCAACCUACACAGCCCCUCACUACCUAUGGUUUCAUCCGAACAUCCCGUCCACUACAGGCCAACACAAGAAUAUAACCCACAGUAA